AUUGGAAAGAAAACUUCACCUUCCCAAAUUCACCACCGACUCUCCAGUUCACAGUGGGAGCUGCGUCACUGGGACGGAAUAGAGUGCAGAAGGAGGAGAGGGAUAUGCUCUUCUUCCGUGCCUGCGAGGAAUCUCUCCCACAUUUCAUUUCUUCUCCCCACUGAACGGAAGCCAGCGUUGAGGAAACGAGAGGGGGAAGAACUCCUCCAUGAAAGUUCGCCGAGGAAGAAGCUAUACCCAGUGAACUCCGCUCGGAAGCUGUUUUAAUGCAAACAUCAUAUCGCCUUCUCUCCCACCUUCGUCGCUCCCACAAGCUUACUCCUCUACCUCAUUUCACUUCUUCUUCGUCUUCAUUCUCGGCCUUUGGACUUCCUUCAGCUCCUGGCUACGGGGAAUUGGGUUUCCAAUCACCCGGUAGCUGCCAUCGACGCGACGGGAGCAAUGAAGUUUGUUUAGAGGAAGACGAUUUUGCAAGAAGACCCAAACCCAUCUUUUACUUUGGCUCUCGUCGGUUCCUCGCAUUCGAUCGCUCCCGAGUGUCUGUCUCGUUACCUGGCGCGGUUUCGUUGGGCGGCGAUCACCAGCAUCGGGAUUUUCAUGAUGGUUUUCUUCGUCGUGGGUUUUUUACCAGGGCAAAGCAAGUGAAGAAGAUCGAAAUUACUGAUCAGCACAGUCAGCGAGCAGUCACUACAGCACUUUGGUGCAAUUUUCUUGUCUUUUCUCUUAAGUUUGGGGUGUGGUUUAUGACUUCAAGUCAUGUUAUGCUGGCUGAAGUUGUGCACUCGAUUGCCGAUUUUGCAAACCAGGUACUUCUAGCUUAUGGUCUGAGCAGCUCAAGGCGUGCACCAGAUGCACUUCAUCCUUAUGGCUACUCCAAGGAAAGGUUUGUCUGGUCUUUGAUAUCUGCUGUUGGUAUCUUUUGCCUUGGCUCUGGCGCUACAAUUGUCAACGGAGUUCAGAACUUGUGGAAUUCUCAGCCUCCAGCCCACAUUGAAUAUGCAGCUUUGGUGCUUGGUGGUUCUUUUAUAAUUGAAGGUGCUUCUCUUCUUGUUGCCAUACAAGCUGUCAAGAAAUGUGCAGCUGCAGAAGGUAUGACCAUCAGAGAUUAUGUGUGGCGUGGUCAUGAUCCCACAGCUGUUGCAGUGAUGACAGAGGAUGGUGCUGCAGUGACUGGAUUGGUUAUCGCUGGAGCAUCAUUGGUUGCCGUUAAUGCCACAGGGAAUCCAAUUUAUGAUCCUAUUGGUUCAAUCAUAGUUGGCAACCUGCUAGGAAUGGUUGCAAUCUUCCUUAUUCAGAGGAAUAGGCAUGCCUUGAUUGGCAGAGCAAUGGAUGACAAUGAUAUGCAGAAGGUUCUUCAUUUCUUGAAAAAUGACCCGGUUGUAGAUUCUCUAUAUGAUUGCAAAAGUGAGGUGAUUGGACCUGGAUUCUUCAGAUUUAAGGCCGAAAUAGAUUUUAACGGCAAGGUGGUGGUGCAGAAUUAUCUCAAUAGGAUUGGACGGGAAGACUGGGCAAGACAGUUCCGUGAUGCUUCAAAGCAAAAAGGUGAUACCGCGCUUCUGAAGCGAAUGUCAGACUAUGGUGAGGAGUUGGUGACGGCGUUAGGAAGCGAAGUUGAUAGGCUUGAAAAAGAGAUACAAGAUCUUGUCCCUGGCAUCCGACAUGUUGAUAUCGAGGCACACAAUCCAACUGGUCCUAAUCCGUGAUCCAUUCAGUGACAUCGACACAGCCAAUUUUCGACCGAUCAUUCCUUUCUAUACAUAACACUUGAUCAUAGAUGACGAUCUGUGUUGGCAGACCUACAUCAGCUUUAGAUGAUUUUUUGGUCUGCUGUAGUGAAACAGAUAACAGUAAAUUAGUUCCAUCCCUGAACUGAAACCUUGUUCAUAGUUUCAUUUUCUCGGAUGUCCGUGGUUAAUCAAGUCGCUGGUAGUUCAGCACUAGCAAUGCAUGAUCAUGCUCUGUCGAAGUUCAGUAAGUCUAGUAAACAAGUGCUUGUGCCUCGAGAAAAGCUUCGUCCACCAUUGAUGGCAACAUAAGCUUGGUCGUGGCACCGGAUUUUAAACUCAAAAAAGAUUUUGAUUUCAAGGUCUGUAAAACCGUAAUACAUGUCGAGAAAGAAUAAAG